CAUAGGCACAUUAAUUCCCAAACCAGAGGAAGGGAAUACUUCACCAUUGUGAAUGUUCAAUGCAUUUUCCCGCACUCUAGUUAAUUUAUGUUGAAUCUUAACCUCAUGACAAGGAUAGAGAGUAGUAGAUGUCAGCCUUUUAGCAUGGCAAUCCUCAUGGGCCAUUGUCUUGGUAUGGGUGUUUCUCAAUCUAUCAGCAUAUUUGCGCUUGAGGUUCAUGUAAGCAGCGUUACCCAUGGCACUAAUGAAUUUGAGACGUUCGCCCUAUAGACAGGGGUGUUAAAUUCUUUCUUCGGAACGACUUUGUCAUGAGCAUUCCUGUUCAACUGGUGGAGAAGUCAUGUGGGCAUGGCUUUGCGGUUGUAAUUUCUGAAUAAAUAUUGAUCGUAAUCUUAUCCUCGUGUUCAUAAAUUCCAUGACGAGUCACCGUUGAAUUAAAUGUGACUGUGCUAUUCUAAAUAUGGAACAAUGAAUUUGAAGUGGACAUGCCGAACAGGUCACAAUUUCAGGUUUUAGCAGAGGAGCCAUGACUUCGAAGGACGUGGAUAGAGAGACAGUGUUUUUGACGACCAAAGUGCGCACGUCACUGAAAUCUGACGGCUGUUGGAUUCAAAGCCGUGCCGGACCAGAACCUGAGGAAAAAACUAAGCCCUGUGUCCCAGUAAUUGAGAGAAAAAGUUCAGGAAUGAACAUUGCAGAGAUCCCCAACACUAAUGGCAGUGGUGAGAGCCCGAAACCUGACAAACCUCCCCUGCCACGCAAGAGCUCCUACGUUCUUUCAACUCUCAAGAGGUUUGAGGCCACUGAGGAACCCAAAAUCUCCCCAGACAAGACCCACUAUGCUAAAAGGGUGAUUGUUUCAGAUGACAUUGAAGGAAAGAAUGCAUCAGAGGAUGUUGGCAUAGUGACAGAUGAGCCAAUCAUUGAUACUCCUGUGGCUCAGAGUGUGGAAAUCUCUUUGAAUGGAUGUCCUGCCGAAGUAGUGGUAGAGGCAGUACCCGCAGUUCCUGUGGAAGAACCAUCGGAAGUUCCUGCAGUUCCAAUAGAAACAACCCCAGAUGUUCCUGCAGUUCCAAUAGAAGCAUCCCCAGAAGUUCCUGCAGUUCCUGUAGACACAGGAGUGGCUGCAGAGGCAGCUCUUGAAGUUGAGGCAGUCCCUGAAGUUCCAGCAGUUCCAGUGGAAUCAGCACCUGAGGUUCCUGAGGUUUCUUUGGAUACAACUCCAGAGAUUUCCGCUGUUCCUCUGGAAACAGUCCCAGAGGUUCUUGCAGUGGCAGUAGAGGCAGCUCCUGAAAUUCUUGCUGCUCCAAUUGAAACGGCACCUGAAGUUCCUGCAGUGGCUGCAGGGGCAACUUCAGAAGCUGUGUCUGAGGUUUCUGUGGCUGCAACUCCUGAGGUACCUGAAGCUCCAGUAGAAGCAGUCCCUCAAGCUGAAGCAAUCCCUGAAGUUCCCGCCAUUCCAGCACCUGAGGUGUUUGCAGAUACAACUCUUGACGUUCCUGUGGAAGCAGCCGUUAAAGCUGAGCCAGUUCCUGAAGUUCCUGCUGUCCUUGAUGAAGCCCCUGAGGUACCUAAUGCGUCAGUGGAGGCAGCUACUGAGUUACCUGCUGUUUCCGCAGAAGAAGUACCUGAAGUUCUGGCAGUUGCUGCAGAAGUAGCACUGGAAGUUGAAAUCGCUCCUGUUGAAACAGCCACCGAGGCUCCAGCAGCUGUGGCAGAAGACAACUCCAAAGUUGUUGAAACCAUCUCUGAAGUUGCUGCUGCUCAAGUGGAAGUAGCUGCAGCCGUGGUGGAAGAGGCUGCUGAAGUCACUCCAGUCGCUGUAGAGGUAGCCGUUGAAGUUGAAGCAGUGCCUGCAGUUCCUGCAAUUCCAGUAGAAGUCCCUGAUGUUCCUGUGGAAGUCACCUCUGAAGUUCCUGCUGUUUCCGUUGAAGCAGCCCCUGAGGUGUCUACUGUUCCUGUGAAAGUGGUGGAAGUGGCUCCUGAAGUUGUCAUAGAGCCCGCCCUUGAUGUUCCUGAAGUUGCUCCUGUCGAGACAGCGACUGAAGUUCCUGAAAUCCCAACAGUGGCUGACAUCCCAGCUCCCACACCUGUGGAAACAGCUGCUGAAGCUGAAGCUGUUGAAACACCCAAAAUUGCUCCUGUGGAGACAGCAGUUGUGGAGACACUUGCAGUUGCUGUGGUCGAAACAGCCCCUGAAGCACCUGAAGUAGAGCCAGUACCUGAAACACCAACAGUUGAAGUUGUAGACACAGCACCUGAAGCACCAGCAGCUGAGGUUGUAGAGACAGUGCCUGAACCACCAGCUGAUGAAGUAGCGGCAACAGCUGUAGCGGUUGUGGCUGUAGCAGUAGCAGCUGCAGUUGUAGAGGCUGUACCUGAACCAACAGUUGAAGUUGUAGACACAGCACCUGAAGCACCAGCAGCUGAUGUUGUAGAGACAGUGCCUGAACCACCAGCUGAUGAAGUAGCGGCAACAGCUGUAGCGGUUGUGGCUGUAGCAGUAGCAGCUGCAGUUGUAGAGGCUGUACCUGAACCAACAGUUGAAGUUGUAGGCACAGCACCUGAAGCCGCAGCAGCUGAGGUUGUAGAGGCAGUAUCUGAACUACCAGUAGUUGAAGCAGUUGUAGAGGCUGUACCUGAAACACCAGAAGCUGCAUUAGAGUCUGUGCCCGAGGCACCAGCUGUUGAAGUAGCAACAGUACCUGUAGAGGUUGUUGCUGAAACACCAGUGACUGCAGUAGUGGAAGCUGUGGCCGAAUCGCCAGCAGUUGAGGUGGUAGAGGCAGUUCUUGAACCAGCAGUUGAAGCUGCAGUAGAGUCUGUGCCCGAGCCACCAGCGGUUGAAGUAGCAGCAGUACCUGUAGAGGUUGUGUCUGAAACAUCAGCGGCUGAAGUGGUGGAGGCUGUGGCUGAACCGCCAGCAGUUGUAGCUGUAGAAGCAGUCCCUGAACCAGCAGUUGAAGCAGAAGUAACAGCAGCACCUGUGGAGGCAGUAGCUGCGGAGGCAGCACCUGUGGAGGCAGCACCUGAAACACCAGCAGCUGCAGUAGUGGAGGCUGUGGCCGAAACACCAGCAGCAGAAGCUGAAAUCACACCUGCAGUGGCUUCAGAGGUGUCUGCUGGAGCACCUGCAGAGGUUCCUGUGGAGCCAUCGGAGACCACGCCUGAACCAGAGACAGAAGUCAUAACGGCCAUGCAGCAACCAGUGGUAGAGUCAGCAUUGGCCCCAGAUGAUGCCCUCAAGUUGUCCGAGGCUGUGGAUGAGAGCACUGAAAAGAUUGCAGAAAAACAACCUGAAGAGUCACCAACAAUUAUUACCGGUCCAUCUGUGUGCACACAUUGUAAGGAGGUAAUUGAUGGUGAUGUCAGAAUCCGCGUGGACGACCCCCCAAUCUGUUGCCAUCCAGAGUGCUUCAAGUGUGGGAAAUGCCAGAAGAGUUUGGGCAAUCUGGACUUGAGAAUGUUUCCCCAUGGAGACUGCAUCAUCUGCGAAGAAUGCUUUGAUACAAUUUACCACAUCAGAAAUGUUGCCACCGUAUAAAGCAUCUGUGAACUCAUCCAUGUAUCUAAGGUCAUGUCCAUAUCCAAUAAGUCAGUCAAGCAUUAUCCAAGCAUAUGCCAAACAAAUGUAAACAUCAGCAUAGUGCCUAUAUGACACUGGCCUUUUGUUUAUUAUUUACUUUCUCAUAUCAAUACAUACAUAUUUUUCCUAUUGUGUAUAUUUAAGGUGUUAUUUGUUUAUUCACGUAUAAUGAUAUCUGUAAACAACUCUGUGCUGUCCAAGUAUAUAUACGUACGUACUGUCCAUUUAUAUUCAUUUAUGUAUGACACGUUUGAUUUAAUAAAAUUGUAAAUUUAUUCCAUAUUAAUUGCAGGUCAACUGACAUUCAUGUGAGCACUUGCACAUCCUUUUCCAUGUAUAGUGUCUGUGUGUUAGAGCAGAAAAUGAAUGCUUCCAGUCAGAGAAUUCAAAAUAUUCAAAUUAUUUAACCAAAUGUAUUGGAGAGAGUUGCACUACGUGCUUGUUAUUGUGACAUUAUUACGGGGACAAAACUCUCAGUCCAUUUUGUAUGUGCUUAGUUUACACUCAAAAAAAGAUUAGCCGUGUGCAGAGAAAGACAGGAAGAAAGAUAGAGAGACACAGAGUGGAGGAGGCACGCAUGGUAGCACCAAUUCUUGUCAUCAUUAUCUGAAAGUCACUUUGAACAGUGCUUUGACAAUGCAAUAGCAAUUAUGUACUCACUGUAGUUAAAUAAUUGUUACCACUGUCAGUUUCAAACCAACAGUCAAACCACAGUCAUACUGCAGAAGGUGUGUAGCACGGGCACACAAUAUACACACAGAAGAUACAAACACAAGGCUAUAUAGGGCACUUGUAUGAAACAAGGCUACAAAAGCAGCACAGCAGAGACCAGUCCAGCAGCAGCAAUAUGACAAAUAUCGCCAUUUGGGUUACCUCCGAGGUCCAAGCCUGAUAUUCUGUAGGCAUGAAAAUACUCAGGCGUUGGGGAAAUAGUACGACACAUACGGUACAUGAGGUCAGGAACCUCCCCACUGGUGUCGAUGGCGUGACCAGCAGAGUGUGGAGUGGAUGGUGACCUGACGUUAGACAGCAAGCCAAAGCUGAAUUCAACUCUCGGCCCUGAUGCUCGAACUGUGUGGUAGUGAGCGGUACCUAUUACCGCAUGCCACCACUGGGAUCACAUCGUAUUGGUUUUCAAAUCACAUUCGCAUUCUUGGUAACCCGUCCUUCAAACACGGCUGCUGUGAUGUAA